AUGGAAUCUCAGGCUACUCAACUCAAUUUUGUUGUUGGAUCUCAUAUCUGGAUUGAGGACCCUGAUGAAGCUUGGAUAGAUGGAGAAAUCCUGGAAUCUAAUGAUGAAGGGAUCACAGUAAGCAAUGCAUCAGGGACGAGGGUUGUGAGCAAAUCAGUUAAUAUCUAUCCCAAAGAUCCUGAAUUCCCACCAAACGGUGUGGAAGAUAUGACAAGACUGGCAUAUUUGCAUGAACCAGGGGUACUUCAAAAUUUGCAACUUCGAUAUGACUUAAAUGAAAUAUAUACAUACACAGGAAAUAUUUUGAUAGCAGUGAACCCUUUUCAAAGGUUACCUCAUUUGUAUGCCAGUGAAACAAUGGCACAGUAUAAAGGUGCAGCUUUCGGUGAGCAGAGCCCCCAUCCUUUUGCAAUUGCAGCUCAUGCAUAUAGGAAGAUGAUAAACGAAGAAACAAGUCAAUCUAUUUUGGUUAGUGGGGAGAGUGGAGCAGGUAAAACAGAAAGUACAAAGAUGCUUAUGCAUUAUCUUGCUUAUAUGGGAGGGAGAGUAGCAACUGAGGGACGACGGUCAGUGGAGCAACAAGUUCUGGAGUCCAAUCCAGUUUUAGAAGCAUUUGGCAAUGCAAAGACUGUUAGGAACAACAAUUCUAGUCGUUUUGGUAAGUUUGUGGAGAUUCAGUUUGAUCAAAAGGGGAGAAUUUCAGGAGCUGCCAUCAGAACUUAUUUGCUGGAACGAUCCCGUGUCUGUCAAGUUUCUGAUCCUGAGAGAAAUUACCAUUGCUUUUAUAUGCUUUGUGCUGCACCAAAAGAGGAUACAAAUAAGUACAAAUUGGGAGAUCCAAGAACAUUUCGUUACCUCAAUCAAUCGAAUUGCAUUGAGCUGGAUGGGCUGGAUGAUUCUAAGGAGUACCUUGCAACUAGGAGAGCCAUGGAUGUAGUUGGGAUCAGCUCUGAUGAGCAGGAUGCUAUAUUUCGAGUAGUAGCUGCAGUACUUCAUUUGGGAAACAUUGAAUUUGUUAAGGGAGUGGAUGAAGAGAUGGAUUCCUCUCAACCAAAGGAUGAAGAAUCCCAUUUCCACCUAAAAACUGCAGCUGAACUUUUUAUGUGUGAUGAGAAGUCCCUUGAAGACUCUUUCUGCAAACGUGUUAUGGUGACUCGUGGUGAGGCCAUAACAAAAUGGCUUGAUCCAGUUUCUGCAGCUCUCAGUAGAGAUGCAUUUGCUAAAAUAGUUUAUUCAAGGCUUUUUGACUGGAUUGUGAACAAGAUUAACAACUCUAUUGGGCAAGAUCCAGAUUCAAAGAGCUUAAUUGGGGUUCUAGAUAUUUAUGGAUUUGAGAGUUUCAAGACAAACAGCUUUGAGCAAUUUUGUAUCAAUUUGACAAAUGAGAAAUUACAGCAACAUUUCAACCAGCAUGUCUUCAAAAUGGAGCAAGAGGAAUAUCAAAAGGAAGAGAUUGAUUGGAGUUACAUAGAGUUCGUUGAUAAUCAAGAUGUUCUUGAUCUCAUAGAAAAGAAACCUGGCGGCGUUAUUGCUCUUCUGGAUGAGGCUUGUAUGUUUCCAAGAUCAACGCAUGAAACAUUUGCUGAAAAGCUAUAUCAAACAUUUAAAGAUAAUAAACGCUUCAGCAAGCCAAAGUUGUCUCGUACAGACUUCACCAUUAACCACUAUGCUGGUGAUGUCACAUAUCAAACUGAUCAUUUCCUUGACAAAAAUAAAGACUAUGUUGUUCCAGAGCAUGCUGCUUUACUCAGUGCUUCGAAGUGCUCCUUUGUUUCAGGGUUGUUCCCACCUUUACCCGAGGAAACUACAAAGUCAACGAAGUUCUCUUCUAUAGCCACUCAGUUUAAGCAACAACUGCAAGCUUUGCUUGAAACACUGAGUGCUACUGAGCCACACUACAUUCGUUGUGUAAAGCCAAAUAAUCUUCUUAAGCCAGGGAUAUUCGAGAACAACAAUGUGCUGCAGCAGCUUAGGUGUGGGGGAGUAAUGGAGGCAAUUCGGAUAAGUUGUGCUGGAUAUCCCACUAGAAAGAACUUUGAUGAAUUUGUUCAGCGUUUUACUAUCUUGGAACCUAAGGUUCUGAAAGCAUGCCCUGAUGAGAUGACUGCUUGCAAGAGGCUUCUAGAUAGAGCGAACCUUAAAGAUUAUCAGAUUGGAAAGACCAAAGUGUUUCUGAGAGCAGGUCAAAUGGCAGAACUAGAUGCGUGUCGUGCUGUGGUCUUAGGAAGAUCCGCAAGCAUUAUUCAGAGAAACGUUCGCACAUUUAUUUGCCGGAAACACUUCUUGUUAUUGCAGUUGUCUGCCAUAGAAUUACAAAGGGUGGUUAAAGGACAACUUGCACGCCAUCAGUAUGAAUGCAUGAGGAGGGAAGAUGCUUCUUUGAAAAUCCAAAAAUACUUCCGCAUGUAUCUUUCCAGAAAUUCUUACAAAACUAUUUAUGCCACUGCUGUUGAUAUUCAAACUGGUAUGCGAGGGAUGGCUGCUAGAAAUGACCUUAGAUUCAGGAAGCAGACACAUGCUGCAGUUAUUAUUCAGGGUCACUAUAGAGGUCAUUCAGCUCGUACUCGUUUCAAAAGCCUAAAGAAAGCAACAAUUGCUGUGCAGUGUUCCUGGAGAAGAACACUUGCACGUAGAGAACUUCGAAAGCUUAAAAUGGCUGCUAAGGAAGCCAAGGCUCUUGAAGCUGCGAAAAAUAAUCUGGAAAAGCAAGUCGAAGAACUAACUUCAUGUCUAGAAACAGAGAAGAGAAUGAGGGGUGAUAUUGAGGAAGCCAAGACACAGGAAAAUGAAAAAUUACAAUGUGCUUUGCAAGAGAUGGAGCUUCAGUUCCAAGAAACUACGGCAAUGCUCAUUAAGGAACGAGAGGCUGCCAAGAAAGGAGCUGAGCAAACUCCAAGAACACAGGAGAUUUCUGUUAAUGCUACUGACAAUGAAUUGAUCAAUAAGCUUACUGCAGAAAAUGAACAACUUAAGGAACAGGUUAAUUCAUUGGAAAAGAAAAUUGAUGAAGCAGAGAAGAAAUAUGAAGAAAGUAGCAGGCUUAGUGAAGAGCGCAUGAAUCAAAUUAUAGAGACAGAAUCAAGGAUGAUUGAUCUAAAGACAAAAAUGCAGAGGCUUGAAGAAAAACUCUCUGAUAUGGAAACUGAGAAUCAAAUUUUGCGGCAACAAGGCUUGUUGAGUUCAUCAUCUAGGAGAAUGUCAGGAAAGUUUUCAUCUGCUGCAGUUCCGGCACCAGCAAAAACAUUCGGUUCAGAGGUUAUCAGGAGAUCUCACAUGGAGAAGCACCAAGAAAGUGUAGAUGCUCUUUUCAAAUGUGUGACAAAAGAUCUUGGGUUCUCCGAAGGAAAACCUGUUGCAGCAUUUACCCUUUAUAAUUGUCUGCUACAUUGGAAAUCUUUUGAAGCAGAAAAGACAAGUAUAUUUGAUCGUCUUAUUCAGCUGAUUGGUUCUGCAAUAGAGGAUCAGGACAAUAAUGAUUGUAUGGCUUAUUGGUUAUCAAACACAUCUGCUUUGUUCUUCCAUCUUCAGAGAUGUCUAAGAGUACCAGCACGGAAACCACCUACCCCAACAGGGUUUUUUGGGAGGAUGACCCAGGGUUUCCGGUCUUCCAAUAGUCUAUCCAGUAAUGCACUUGAUUUAGAACAUCAGGUUGAUGCCAAGUAUCCAGCUUUGCUUUUCAAGCAGCAGCUUGCAGCUUAUGUGGAAAAGAUUUACGGAAUCAUUCGAGAAAAUUUGAAGAAAGACUUGUCACCUCUGCUUUCUUCUUGCAUUCAGGCGCAGACAACAUCAAAUGACAACAGCAAACCAGAUGCUUCUUGGCUCAGCAUCAUUGAGUGCCUUAAUAGAUUUCUCAAGAUUCUGAAAGAAAAUUAUGUUCCUCCUCUUCUAGUUCAGAAGAUAUUUAAUCAGGUUUUACACUACAUCAAUGUGGAAAUCUUUAAUAGCAUUCUUUUGCAUCAAGAAUGCUGCACAUUCAGCAAUGGAGAAUAUGUAAAAUCAGGGUUGGCUGAGUUAGAACUAUGGUGUAAUGAAGCAACAGAGGAGUAUGUUGGCUCAUCUUUGGAUGAACUCAGACAUGCGCGGCAAGCAGUUAGACUCUUGGUUGCACAAGAGAAGGAUGGACUAUCCUAUGAUGAUCUUACGAAUGACCUGUGCCCUGUCUUGAGUGCUAAUCAGCUUUAUAGAAUAUGUACACUUUACGAGGAUGGCAAUGACAAUACUCUAAGUGUAUCAUCAGAUGUCACUACUAGGUUGAAGCUUUUGAUGACAGAUGAUGCAGAUGAUGAUAACAAAUCCUUCUUGUUGGAAGACAAUUCAAGUACUCCUACAAUAGUUGAAGAGAUUUCUAGUUCCCUUCAAGAUAAGACCAUUCCAAAAGUAAAACCUCCUGCAGAACUUCUUGAGAAUGCAUCCUUCCAAUUUUUACAUGAUUAUUCUUAG